GUUCCGACUCUACGCUCGGCCGGACGUGACGUAACGCGCGCAGCGUGGAGAGCGUAGAGAACGACGUCGCUGUCGUUGCAGCCACCGACAUCGCCGCCGACCGAUUCUCGAUUACAUCGUGCACAAUCGUCAAUAUCAUUUUAAUCGGUGCGCAAAUAUUUAUUCGUGUCCUACAUAAAUUUUCGUCGUCGGUUGCUCACUCUCGCAGUUUCGGAGCACGCGUAUUUGGCAUUUCGCAACGCGCGCCGCUGCACUUCGCACGCACUGACGCCUCCACACGCAGUAACCGCGUGUGCCAGCACGCUUCGACGCCUUCCGCGAUAAAUGAAUAGUGCUCACGAACGUGAAGAAACACGAAGAAACGACACAAAAGAUAGAAUCAUUAGUGACAGAGGUGCGCGAAUGAAGAAAUAGGAAGAUCGUCAAACUUGAUUGAGAGUGAUCGUUUUGACAACUGUGCGCUCCGAUGUUCAAAGGGAAACUACCCUGCACCGAGUUGGAGAUAGUAAAGUUUCUUAUAGUUUUUAUAGAUUUCGCAAACACAGUUUCGUGAGCGUCGCUGUUUAUUUGCUACUCUGUCAUCCGGAAAUCAAGGGAAGAAGUUGGAUGAGAGGCUUCGAGAUAGCGGCAAAUGUUGACCGCCACUAAAAUUCGAGAUCAACGGUGAUACGACAACGUGAAGUAAUGACGCGGGAAAGAAAUAUCACGGCAAUCUACGUGACGACGCGAUAAAUCGUGAAGUGUAACAUGCGAUGAACAACAUUGUCUUUUAUCGUGGACAAACGAUCGUGGACUACAAACGUCUCGCAGUGCGACUUCGCAGUUACUAAUAAAUCGAGUAAUAAAAUAUUCGUGGAACACUAACACGAGUGCUCGAUCUUAAUCACAAAAUCGCAGUCGUUCCUUCGAUCGUUCAAUUACUGCAAUUCCACGGCAGAUUCACGGUCAAUUUAUACACCGCAUGAAUCGCACACGCCGCUGAUUGUCUUCCCUUCACAAUCCGUACCCGUCACAAUUUAUAAAAUAAAUUAAUAGAGAGAUUGACGAUCGCAUCAACCAGUGUCUUCGUUGUUCUGUACCGCGAGGAUUCCUUUCGGUCACGUGACAAAACUGCAUCCUUCAACUUUCACCACGGCGACACAAAUCUUAAGUCGCAAAAAUGCUGACCAUGUCGACCUUGAUGAUGCCAACAACGAUGACAACCAUGACAAAUCCUGGACCGAUACCUGCACACAGCGUGCCGCAAAAGAUAGAACCACCUAAGCUGACCGCAGCAGCUACGCUCACUCACACAGCGACACCCGUCAACAAAUCAGAACACUAUCACAUAUUUGUUGGAGAUCUCAGCCCGGAGAUCGAGACACAUACCUUGAGGGAAGCAUUCUCAGCCUUCGGGGAGAUUUCAGAUUGCAGAGUCGUCAGAGAUCCCCAAACUUUAAAAUCCAAGGGAUAUGGGUUCGUUUCGUUCGUCAAAAAAGCGGAAGCAGAAAGCGCCAUCGGUAACAUGAACGGCCAAUGGCUUGGUGGCAGAAGUAUUCGGACAAAUUGGGCCACUCGCAAACCUCCCGCACCUAAAUCCGAAGCGAACGCAAAGCCGCUCACGUUCGAUGAAGUUUACAAUCAAAGUAGUCCGACCAACUGCACGGUAUACUGCGGCGGAUUGACCAACGGUUUAACAGAAGAACUCAUGCAAAAGACGUUCUCGCCUUUCGGAUCCAUCCAAGAAAUUCGAGUGUUUAAGGAUAAAGGCUAUGCAUUCAUCAGGUUUUCUACCAAGGAGUCGGCCACGCACGCCAUCGUAGCGGUACACAACACAGAUAUCAACGGUCAAACGGUGAAGUGCAGUUGGGGCAAGGAGAGCGGAGAUCCUAAUAAUGCUCAACAAACUGGACAGGCGUUAUCGUCGGCGACGUACCCAUACUACGCGGCGGCGGCAGCUGCCGCCGCGGCGGCGGCGGGCGUCGCGGGUGUCGGAGGCGUCGGUGGCGUCGGCAGUGCUGGACAACUGGGAUACUGGUAUCCACCCCAAUCUUAUCCUACGACAGCAACACAAAUGCAAGCCGGUGGCUUCCUUCAGGGCAUGCAAGGAUACACCUACGGCCAGUUCGCCGGAUAUCAACAGGCGCAAUAUAUGGGAAUGGGCAUGGGUGUCCAUGCUGCUGGCACAGCGGCAGGAUGGGGUCAGGGAUUACCUGGGGGACCACAGUUACCACCACACCACGCCACGACGGUCACGGCACCCCCAGGGGUGCAAGCCGCACCCCCGCCACCACCGCCUCCGGCACAAAUGAUGGCCUACCCGAUGCAACAGUUCCAGACAUUGAUGGAGCAAGACAGACUCGUUUUCCCGCUCGACGAGAGGUUAUAGGAGAUUCUCGAGAUUUAGAUAUGUUGCAAAAAAUUUUGCUAGCGGAUGAGGACUGGCUGACGCCUAGCCUUCUAGUGUGAUGGUAAGCAAGUAUACUCCACCAACAGG